AACCUAAUUUCCUAUAAUCUCUAUCUCUUUGAAUCAAUCAUUCGAAUAUUUAGACAAAAGAAGAUGGAUCGGAAUUCGGAGUUGGUGUUACCGGCGGGAUUCCGAUUUCACCCGACGGAUCAAGAACUGGUGGUGGAUUACUUAUUGCGACAAGUUUCCGGCCGUCCUUUCCGGCAAGAAAUUAUAAAAGAGAUCGAUCUUUACAAAUACGAUCCAUGGGUUUUACCCAGUAAAGCUAUCAUGUCUGGAGAGAAAGAAUGGUACUUUUUCAGUCCGAGAGAUAAGAAGUAUCCAAAUGGGUCGAGACCCAAUAGAACGGCGGCAUCCGGGUAUUGGAAAGCAACCGGAACUGAUAAGGGUAUUGUUAGUUUACAAGGAACUAAAGUUGGAAUCAAGAAAGCUCUCGUCUUUUAUAUUGGUAAAGCCCCAAAAGGAACCAAAACUAAUUGGAUCAUGCAUGAAUACAGACUUAUCAAUUCUGUGAGAAAACCCUCAACUAAUAAACUGUUAGAUGAUUGGGUCUUAUGUCGGAUCUACAAGAAGAAUUCAAGCUCCGAUAAACUUCUUCACGAGGCGGCGGCGGACGCCGCCGUGAGCCCGCAGAUGAUGACAUCAUCGCCGGUGUCGACUACGUCAGCUUCCCAAACAAGCGAUGCGUUGGACUCGUCUUCAUCGGAGUUCAGCGAUCAAUUUUUCCCAUUGGAGGCGAGUAAUAUUGAUGGAAAGGAUUUGAUAAAGUCUAGCCUUCGACGGCUGACAUCGGUCGGGUUUAACUGGGGCGAAUUCAGGACCCUACCGGAAGAUGCAUUAACGGGCGGGCGUGGAAAUGGGUUGGGUUUAGAUGAUUUUAAUGAUCAAGUGAAAUGGAGCAAUGGAAAUUCGUGUGAGUUUAAUGACAUAUGUGUUCCUUCGGUUUCAACAACGCAUGCUAUGGAGAGGGGAGAUAUUGGGUCGACCCGUUUGGCAGUAAAUUCACAUGACCCGGAUGUGUUUGGGACGGGUCUUUGGGAUCCGAUAAGCUUGAAUGAUGGAAAUGGAUAUGGAUUUUGUCCAUAGAUCAAAAUUUUGGACUUUCUUUAUGAUAUAUGUUAAUUACGUACUUAGCAUAAAAUUGUAUAGAAAUCCAUCCAAUAUGAGCUCUUUUUAAUUUAUAAUAAUA